UUCGCUAGUCGUUGUAUGGUGAUUCUAUAGAACGACUUUAUUAAAGGCCAUCAAAAAAUAUUAGUGACAAGAAAAAUGGAAGAAAAUAUAUCUCAUUUCACCUCACCCGGUGAUUUCAAUCUUAUACCAGAACUAGCUGGCAUUGACGAUAUUUUCAAACAUUGUGAAAACGAGUUGAUGAAAAGUGAUUUGUUUGGCGAUGAGGCUUUGUCCCAUUUAGAUGAUGAUCUCCUUAUGGAGGAUAUUUCGUCAUUAGAUUUAAUAGACUUGCAUAAUCCGAGCCCUUUCCUAAACUCACAGGCUACUCUCCCUCCAAGCCUUCCUUUAGAUCAACAGAGCUCUAUAUUUGACACACCGCAAGUAUCACCGUCUUAUACAAGCACUCCACAACAUAUUAAUCGAAGUCCCAAAUAUUCUCCCUCUCCCACACAAACAAAGAGUAGCCCUGUUGUUCAAAACAUACAGUUAAAAAAUGUGACUCUGCCCAUUCAAAACCAAACAGCUGUUAUAAUUUCAUCCGAAAACCUCUCGCAAACUACACAACCACUUGUGUAUACGAGUUUACCUAUUCAGAACCAGCAUAUAAUUCUACAAAGCAAUACUACUCCACCAAAACAAAAGAGUCGGCCUGUGGUUUUGCAGAAUAUUCAACAGAUUUCAUCUGAGCAAAUGCAGCCAGUUGUACUCCAAGCGAAAAUAAUAAAAAGCGAUUCGCAGGUAAACCCACCAACAGUUAUGUACACUACAGCAGUGUCUAAUAAUACAUGUCAGCCCAUCCAUACUCUAUUGAACACUAAUGGAAUCAUAACAAGUGGAAUACCAUUAGUUCUGGAUAGUGACAGCAAAGUAGCGAUAAAUCGUGUUCAACCCGUAAAAGAGCAGAAAGUGAAAGAGGUUAAGAGAAGUGCACACAAUGCAAUUGAAAGAAAGUAUCGUACAAGUAUUAACGACAAAAUUAUCGAACUGAAGAAUAUGAUCGUGGGAGAAGAUGCAAAAUUGAACAAAUCGGCGAUUCUAAGAAGGACAAUCGAAUACAUCCGUUUUCUACAAAAUUCAAAUACUAAGCUAAAACAAGAAAACAUGGCUUUGAAGAUGGCCGCAAGACAAAACACACUCAAAGGCCUGCUCACUACCGGUACGAACUUGAAAUACAGUCCUGAAGAUACGCCUCCACAUUCUGACCACUCUCUAUCACCCGAACAUUCUCUACCACCUAGCCCUGAAUACAGCGCUAAUAUUAAAGAUGAGAUGGAGGACGAGAGCAUGACUCUUACGAGAGGAAUGUUGGACAGUUCCAGGUUGACUUUGUGCAUGUUCAUGUUUGUAAUGGUUGUCGUAAAUCCGUUUGGAUAUAUCCUGAAUAGAAAUAGUAUGGGAUAUGGCGGUGAAACUGAACCCAACAGAAGAGGAAUUUUGGGAUUGAAUGAAUCGACAUCGGUUUCUGUCUCUCCCUCGGCUUUCUUGCUGUGGCUUAUAAACAUAUUUAUAUUUGGCUUCUGCUUGGUGAAAAUGUUUGUUUACGGAGAUCCUAUAAUACCGAGUAAAUCAAAAGAAGCUCAAAAAUAUUGGACACAUAGGAGACAAGCAGACGUGCUACUCGCAAAGGGUGAAAAGAUGGAGGCUAAACAGGAACUACUGAGAGGCCUACAGACUUAUGGAAUAAUUUUACCAACAAGUCGCUUUGAGUUAGUUCUCUGUCUUUGUUGGCAAAUGUUCAGGCAGGUUAUGCACAGAUUGUGGAUUGGAAGGUGGCUGUCACGGCAUUCGGGAGGCUUCUUCGUGGACGGAAUAACCAGGUUUGAGGCGCAAACGUCCUGCAAAGAAUUGGCUCUGGUGUAUAAUGAUUUGCAUAAAAUUCAGCUGAUUGAUGGGCCCGAAGAAACGUGUCACAUGUUCGGCCUUACGACUUCUCUGAGCGCCUUAAAUCUGGCCGAAGCUGCCAAGGGCAGGAUAAAGCCGGUCGAUAUGAUAGAUAUUUACGUUGGCGUCGCACUGCGGAUAAAGGCUAGUUUACCGAAUUUCCUACAUUUUGCUCAGAGAUAUUACAUAGGGUUGGCCCAACUAUCAUCGACUAACUCUUGUGAUUCCAUUCCGACUCGCCUGCAAUGGUUGUUUACCCCAUACGGUUAUAAAUUUUUCAUUUCGCACAAAUUUACCAAGGUAGUAAAAGGUAAAUGUCUACCGUUCACCUCAAGCGGAAAUAUCCUUGAUCCUCUGGCCGUUCAAAUGAAGAUUUAUCACGAACACCUCUUGCAAAAAGCAAUGCAAAUCAUACUGUCUCCGGGCCAGAAAAGCGAAAACGGCCAGGACAAGAAAACUGAUAUAAGCGACGCUUUGGCGUACAUCGAUUUGCUGAGUGAUAGUACGAACGUCGACGCCAAAACUAUAUUUGGGUCAAGUGCUGGGCAAAGUUAUCAAGACCCCAUAGCCCAAUGGUGGACCACCUUCAUAUCCAUAGCUUGUCACUGGCUGUUGGACAACGACACCAGUCUGGAGCCUCUGUAUAACAAAAUAUUGUUCAUCCCGGAGGCCCUGGCCUCUCUAAACGAUCCCCUGCCUAAAUCUAUCGUAGCGGCUUUUAUAGCCCGUAAGAAUUACAUCGAUUCGGAAAUUAAAGUCGAUACCAGGAAGAUUCUGGCGCAGUGCGACUACGCUAGCCAUUUGCUGGCGGACAGUUUGACUUACACCAGUUGUAAGCAGAAGGAUAACUUGGUCUUGUUGGCGCAAUUAUUGGUUUGUGAUUGGUUACUGGAAACGAGGACUUCCCUCUGGGAAGACAGCGUGGAGGAAGGCCUGAAAGGUCCAGUUUCAAACAGCACUUUGACAUCCUUCCAGGCCGAUAUGGCAUCUUUGAGGUCCCUCGCCGAACACAUACCCUCCGCUUUAUCAAGAGUCUUCUUGUACGAAGCCACUGCCAGAUUGAUGGCAGGCGCUGCGCCCGGUAGGACCCAGCAGCUUCUAGAUCGCAGUUUGAGACAGCGGCAUGGGAAAACUUCGAUAAUAUGUGGUAAAGGUGACAGAAACGGCCAUGAAAUGGGUGGCGAGAGGCAGCACGCGGCAGCUUUAUACAUGGCGUGCAAACAUUUGCCAGGGCCUUUGUUGUCUUCGCCCGGCGAAAGGGCUGGAAUGCUCGUCGAAGCAGCCAAAACUCUGGAACGAGUCGGUGAUAAAAAGCGAUUGCAGGAUUGCUAUAAGCUUAUGAAAGCUUUGGGCACUAAUGCCGUAAAUAAUUAAUUUGUCGAUAAUAUUCAGUUAGUGUUUGUAGUACUGUAGUUGUACAUAUUUAUUUAUCAGCUUAUAUAAUUUACUUUUUUUAAUUAAAAUAAAAUUUAAUUCUUUUUCAAA